AUGUUGGCUAUCGCAGCCACGAUGAUGCCGCUGGUGGUGUUAGUGGCUCUCCUCCUUCAGGUUGACGUAGGAGGCAUAGCUAGGGGGAAGAGGCCCAAAAACUGCGAAGAAGGUGCUAAGGAUACGGAGGAGGAGGAUGAGGGGGAUGAGGAGGAGGAGGAGGAGGAGGAGGAGGAGGAGGAGGAGGAGGAGGAGGAGGAGGAGGAGGAGGAGGAGGAGGAGGAGGAAGAGGAUGAGGAGGAGGAGGAGGAGGAAGAGGAUGAUGAGGAGGAUGAGGAGGAUGCGGAGGAGGAGGAUACGGAGGAGGAGGACGCGGAGGUGGGGGAGGAGGAAAAAGAUGAGAAGGAUGAUGAGGAGGACGAAGAGGAGGAGGAGGAGGAGGAGGAGGAGGAGGAGGAGGAGGAGGAGGAGGAGGAGGAGGAGGAGGAGGAGGAGGAGGAGGAGGAGGACGACGACGACGACGACGACGACGACGACGAGGACGAGGAGAGUGACGACGAGGAUGAGGAGGAGGAGAGGGAGGACGAGGAGGGGGACGACGAGGAUGAAGAGGAGGAGAAGGAUGGCAACGGGGAGGAGGAGGAGGAUGGGGAUGAGGAGGAGGAGGAGGAGGAGGAGGAGGAGGAGGAGGAGGAGGAGGAGGAGGAGGAGGAGGAGGAUAUGGAGGAGGAGGAUGUGGAGGAGGAGGAGGGGGAAGGGGCAGAAGAGGAAGAGGAGUAUGUGGCAGCAGUGAAGGUCCCAGGAGCGCGAGGAAGACGGGGGAGUGGUACACGGAAGCUGGGGUUACAGCCACGAGCUGGAGGAUCGCCGGUUGGUUGGCUAAGUGCUGGAGGCAAGAGGAAGGGGAGCAUGGCUCUUCGUCUUGACAAGGAGGCCACCACCUCCAAGGGAGCCUUGUGGUGUAGCCAUAUCCGUGAGGACGUGGAGCACGGGCCGGAUUCGCCCGGACAUGCGGCAGGCGGGCGAGAAUGGCCGGGGCCGCCGGCGGAAGGGUCAACGCCGACUGGGGCGGAGAAGAAAGGCUCGCAAUCGGAAGAGCGAUCGAUGCGAAGUGCAAGGGAGGAAGCGGAGCACGGCUCCUAUCAACAGAGCGCUUUGUGGCAGGAAGAGGCGUAG